AUGAGUUUACGUAAAUGUAUGCGAUUUUUUAAGAAAAAGAAUGAUACACCAGGGUCUUCAAAGUGUUCAUUAGUAGAAAAAAACACUUCUACAAAAAAAAAUACACUGGAGGCUCUAUUAAAGACUUUGGAAGUAAUGAAAAAUGUAACAGAUGAAAUAAAAAAUAUAAAUAUAGAGAUCCAAAAUGGUUUAAAAGAAAUUAAAAAUACCUCGAAUGAUAUCAAAAUAGCUUUAGAAAUAGUUCAAAAUUCUACUGAUAACAUUAAAAAAGAUUUGGAAAACUUGAUGAUAAGUUCCUAUAAAAAUGAUGCAAAUACCGAUAUAGCCUCUGAAUCACGGAAAAAUGAGGAAACUAAUAUAAUGGGAAAGAUUGAAAAUGGGUGUUCCAAAUGCUCGUUAGUUGAAAAUGACACAACUUCUAAAAAAAGUACUACAGAGGUUUUGUCAAACGAUUCGGAAGAAAUUAACAAUGCUUCUGAAGAGACAAAAAACAAUUCAGAAGUUACCAAAAUUAUUUCAAAA